CAUAGCUAUGAAGAGUAUCCGAUUGACAAAACUUCAAAUUGACUUAUUCUUGAAAUUGAUAUUUUUCUACCAAUGAACUCUUUGGGAAAUCUUUCCUCAGGGUCUGAGAGAGUCGGUUAUUUUCCGUCGAUGAACUUAUGGGUAUUCGCGUACUCAAUGUUUAUCACAGAGGGGCUUUUUAUCGUGGUUACAAACCUUCUGGUCGUUUUGACGUUCUCUAUCAACUCCCACAUGAGAAAGCCGAGUUUUUACUUCAUAAUUAAUCUUGCCGUUGCCGAUCUUCUUGCUGGCUCUGUCGUCAACCCGAUGUUCGGAGAGGUUAUUAGAAAACUUAUGUGUUGUCAAGAUUAUAUUCACACGAAAUUCCAGACUGGUGGAGGUUUAAAAAAUUUAUACCCGGUCUUAGCAUUCAUAAUUAUCAUGAGCGCAAGCUUUUAUUCGUUUGUUUUUAUAGCUGUUGAGAGAAUGUACGCCACGGUAUGGCCAUUACGUCAUCGCAACACGGAUCCCCGAAUGUACACUGUGUUUAUCUCGAUCACGUGGGUAACAGGGUUCGUGUUCGCAUUGUUAGCUUACUUGGACUACCCAUUGUCCAUUCAGAUCGUCAUGCCUUUAGGGGUGGUCUCUUUCUUGAUACUAGUUGCAUCGUAUGCCAUCAUCUUUAUCAAGGUCAAAAGACAACACCAGCUUCAUAAUCAGUCCGACCUUCAGAGAACCAUCCAGAAAGAGCGGGAACUCGCCAAGACGUUGCUCUUGGUAACCGUGACGUCAAUGGCAACGUGGCUGCCUCUGAUUGCCGCUGGUUUUGUUAUUGUCGCAUCCGGCUCCCUUGGUUACAUUGAGCAGGGAUUGGCGUUUUCAUUCUGUGGAUUGAACUCCCUCUGUAACCCGGUGAUCUACUUUUUUAGAAUGAGGGAAUACCGCAAAGCGGUGAAACAGCUCGUGUGCAAGUGCUCACGGGAUACGCGUGUUCGGCCCGCCAUGGGUAACAUGGCGGUUAACGUCAGAGAUUGAGCUAGAUAUCAAUAUUCGAUGAUAUGAUGAAAUAGAUUGCCAUCAAUCUUUAAGAUUCGUCUCAAUGAAAGAAUUAGACACAAGGCGCAAUGUUUCUCACAUUGUCUUCAUGUUAACAGUAGACUAAUCCGCAGACCAUUCGCUGUGGUGUAAAUAUUGACAUUAGAAAAUAAAAAUUUUGAUUAGUCUAACACUGAAAAGUAUGCCAAGAUCCAUUUUUAGUUAUUUCGCUUAAAAAG